CUACCUCUGGAGCUCGCACAAACCCCUCCGUCCCCAUCUUCUGUUUACUACAGCCUAUAUGUAGCUUUAAUUACACAGUUGUUUGGUAACAACUUGGACCCCGCUGCUCUCCUCUUUUUUUGCCCCCCUUCCUGGCUCUGUUAAAACGCAGAGGAUUAUUCAUAAGGAAUGAGUGGACUCUCCAUACGAUUGUUUUCUGGACUACUACACAUUCGGCGUGCGGAGCUUUGUACCAGAGUCGCUGCAGAAAUGUGGGCUGGUAAUGUGUGGCAGCUGUAGCCUCUGGUAUGGACAGCGGUGAGGGAGGAGGAGGGGAUGGAGGGGGUGGAGAGGAGAGAGAUGCUGACCUCAGUCCCCAGGCUUUAUCUCUUCCUCUCCUGACCCUGGCGGUCAUUUCCGAGCAAGGGUCAUCUUCUCAUACCUCAGCUAUGGCCCCUGCCAAAGAGCCCCUGACCCUCCCUCAGCAGGGGGAGGCGGGUGCAGAGGGGUCCCAGGCUAGGGAGGGAAGUGAGCAGAAAGAAGAAGGACAACAUUCAUGGGAGAAUGGACUGCGUUUAAAACAUGGGGUGAAAGAAGACUUAGGGGAGGGAUAUUUGUCAGGGCAAAGGAAAGAUGAAGAGGAGGCGCAUGUAGGUGUGGGAGAGGCAUCAGUUACAGGGGGCCUCCCAGCAGCCCUCAGCAGCCGAGGUGGAGAGGAGAAGGAAGAGGAGGAGGCCAUCUCAAACCAAAGCCAAACCAAAUCCAAAUGUUCUUUAUUACCUCAACAGAGCCAGCACAGCUCUUCUUCCAGCACUGCAAAGGCCAGUGGCACACUCGACAGCAAAACAGCCGCCUCUCCAAAGCCCUCCCACAUUCCUUCCCCCUCUCCAAAGCCCUUCCCUUUUUCUCCCAUCUCUCCAAAGCACUUCAGUUGUCCGUCCUCCUCUUCUGCCCUGCUGAGCGAGACAGAGGUAAAAGACAUUAAGGGUGAUCAGGGCUGGAUUUCUGGGUUUCCUCAGAGCUUUAGAUCCCAGCAGUCUUCACUUGCUAUUCCACUGGCAGGUAUGGAGCCUGCCAGUACAGAACCUGCUGAGGAUGAUGUGCUGGCAGGGGUUCCUCACUCUUCCGUUUCCAAUGGAAAUGGUGCCAAAGCUCCAGAACCAAAUGACAGCCAGCUAGACACAGAGGUGGAUGAUGAGAAAGAAGGGGAACAGAAAGAAGCUGUCCUUAAAAACCUCAACCAAGACCUCUCUCCUAACUCACUGACUAGCCACAUGACCAUAAUGCACUCACGCAAUUCCUGUAAGACGCUGAAAUGCCCCAAGUGUAACUGGCACUAUAAGUCUCAGCACACACUGCAAGUCCACAUGAAGGAGAAACAUCCAGAGACGGGAGGCCAGUGUGUAUGUGGAGCUUCUGGGGGAAAGUGUGUGUGUGGUGGUGCAACACGAGGUCUAUGUGGGUACUGCAGUUCUGGGAAACCCCAUCCUCGCCUAGCCCGAGGUGAAACCUACGCCUGUGGCUACAAGCCCUACCGCUGUGAGGUGUGUGACUAUGCUACCUCGUCGAAAGGCAACCUCAGCAUACACAUGCAGUCAGAUAAACAUCUUAACAAUGUUCAAAAUGGGGGACACACAAAUGGUCACAUGCACACGUCUCAUAUAAACAACAACAGCAGCUCCUCCAACAGUCACCCAGUAGAUGAGCAACCAUACAGCACCCUCCCACUCUCUGUUCCAACACCUGCUGCCCAGCCCUCCAAGCUCACACCACCUGCACACACACACUCUCACGGUAAGCGGUGGCGGUGUGAUGUGUGCGACUAUGAAACCAGCAUUGCCCGAAACCUUCGCAUACACACCACCAGCGAGAAACACACACACAACAUGCUACGACUCCAGAGAGGUUACUAUCUGUCUCACUGCAGGAGUCUUGCUCCACAUCUUAAACACCUUCAAACAACAGGUGCAGAGCUUUCCGUGAACAUGCGGCUGACCAGUCAACAUGUCUCAGAACAGCCAGUCACCCUUGGGUCAACUCUGACUCCCUCCCCCUCCCCCUCCCCAUCUCCCCCUCCACCCCCUUCUCUGUCUCCUACCGAACCCCUCUCCCAGGGGGUGUUCCAAUGUCUUGUCUGCUCCUGCUUUUCAUCCGACAGCUUAGAGUCUGUGGAGCACCACCUGAAUGCUCCCCGCACCCUGCCCCAGUCUGACUGGUGUUCCCUUGUCGCCGGUGGCUGCCACUGCAGACUGUGUGGGUACACCACCCCGCUGAGGGCUAACUUCUCCUUGCACUGUCAGACUGAUAGGCACCGUACCCGUUACCAGCUUGCUGCUCACCUCCAGGAGGGUGGAGACAGGGGCCAGGAAGGGGCUACCCUCAUUGCUAAGGGCAACCCCAUCCAACUGAGGUGCAACCUUUGUGAAUACGUGACCAGCAGUUUGGAGAAGCUUCGGGGCCAUUCCCUCAGUUCACACCAUGAGGCAAGCAUCCGGGUUUACAGAUUCCUGCAACAGUAUGAUGGUGAGGUUGAUGGAGGUUCGUGGCUGUUCCAUUGUCUUCUAUGCAACCACUCCUCCUCUUCUAAACUACAAGUACUGAAACAUAGUCAAACUUCAGCCCAUCAGCAGAGGGAAGGGCUACUGCAGCUGCAGCCAAUGGGUGGAGAGGAGCUGGCAGCCAUUUUUACCAUUAGAAAAAACCCAGGUGGCAUUACAGGAGAGCUCAUUGAAGAUAUUGAGACCAGCACCGGUCCUUUGGACACAACCAAAGACACAAAUAACAUGGGGGAAAGGAAGAUUUCUGAGACAGAAAAAACAAAGGGAGAAGAAAAAGAAAAGAAGGAGUUGAUGCCCCCAGUCAAACGUCCAGCCUCUGGAUGUGGGGAAAUGGAAAACUCCAUCUCAACCAAACGUCCCAGAACACACCAGCAAAAUGAGAACCAGCAGACUGUCCAGUGCCCUUUGUGCCAGGUUAAACUCCUGUAUCCACACCUUCGACAGCAUCUCACACAUGUGCACAAUGUGGCACAGGACUGUGUAGACAAGCUCAUCAGUGCAGUCACACCAUCCGUGGAACAACCGCAGUCGCCGCUGGAGUCAGAACUACACACAGACUUGCUUACUGAUGAUAUUCAGAAAAAUAAAACCACAGAGAUUACCAAUGCAAACUGUUCCCAGACUGCAGAUACUAUUUCCUCAACUGAUUUGCAGAAAAACAAAGGCAUUUCAGUGGAGAACACUGAGGGAGACAUAGCCACACCCAAAGAUGUCACAGCUCUUCUCACCCCACCCUUAGAAGACAACACCUCUCACCCCUCCAAUGGCACACUUGCUCCUCAGUCCCCGACUCAGACCCCCCCCUCGUCACCGCCUACCUCCCCACCCAGUGACCCCCCUCCUCUUUCUGAUCGUCAUGGUUACCGAUUCCGUUGCAGCAGGUGCAGCUUGGCGUUCCCUACUCAGGAGAAGCUCCAGCUGCACUGGCAGUACCAUGCCAUGAGGGCGGCGACAGAGUGCCCCCUCUGUUCCAGACAAUGCCGCAGUCAGGAGGCCCUGCAGAGACACAUGCAGAACACGCACUCACAGCAGGACAGCACACAGGGACAGAAUACACUUCUGCCCCCUCACACUGUGCAAUACAUUGAGCAUAAUAAGUAUUCAGUUCAGCAAGAUUUUAGUUUAUCCCCUCAAGUAGGUCAAGAAGCUGGAGAGGGUGAUGAUGAAGAGAUAGAUGAAGAAGCAUUAGGCAUGGAGGAGAAGGAGGAACAAAAAGAAGUUAAACUGAAAGAGAAGGAAUUGGUCUCUGAAGGCAACGCAGGUGAGGAGGAUGUAACUGAGCCAGAAAAAGGGAUUCAGGAGGAGACGGCAUCAGAACUGAGUUCUAGCUCUCUUGGCAAAAAGAGCUCUAACCCCACAAUGGACCGUUAUCUGGAUCCAUCUAGGCCUUAUAAAUGCACCAUAUGUUCAGAAUCCUUUACUCAGAAAACAAUUCUUCUGGUUCAUUUUAAUUCUGUGUCUCAUCUCCAUCGGGCCAGACGAGCCCUGCAAGAUUCUGGCACUACUGUUACGGCCCCAGAAACACCACGUGGUCCAGAUCCCAGACCCUAUCGCUGCCGAUUAUGUGGAGUGGGUUACAGCCAGAGCUCUACGUUGGACAUACAUCUUCGCUCUGUCCUUCAUCAAACUAGAGCUCGUGCUGCUCAGAACUCAGCUCCACAAACCCCAGCGUCUAAAACAGCUGUUCCAGUGUCAGUCCCCACUGCUGCUGUCCAGGCUGCUACCACCAGAGAAGAAACAUCCAAAAGUUUAACUGUUACCAAGAAGCUGGAUGAUGUAAGCUCUUCAACCUCUUCAUCAGCAGUUCCAGGCUUAUUAGCUGACUAUCAGCCAAUUCUCUCUGAUCCAACAGACAACCAGCAGGCUAAAAAGAGAGUGGCAGAGCUUCUAGCAUCAAGAAAUCAGCUAAUGCUAAUACAACAACAGCAGCUAGCCCAGGCCCAGGUCCAGGUCCAUCUACAACAACAGACAGCACUGCUCCAGUCCCAAGCAAUUCAGCACCUUCCCUUAGCGCCAGAGAAUCUCCUUAAACAACACUUUUCCCUGGCACCAGACAAUUUGAUCUCCUUACAGCAGCAACUUCUUCUGCCAUUUUACUUGUCUGGAGACAUUAAGCUAAACCCAGAACUAACUAUCAAGAGUCCAGAUCUUUGUAAUUUGGUGUCUGCUAACUCUAUCCCAAAGGAACAUGUCAAGGUAGAAGCUAAAAGGGAGUCCCACAUGGAUGAGAAACAAACCCAGAAGCCAAGUUCAAAUUCAGCUGUAAGCCAGCCAACUGAUCAUUCUCAGAAUGAAGCCAAGGUUGAUGCAAUUAUCAGGGGACCAUUCAACAAGCAGAUGGAAAGAGAGCAGAGCAAUUCCAGUGUUGAGGAGGAAAAAGAAGAAAUACUUGUUCACGCUGUUAAAAACGAGAGUCGGAAGGAGGAAGCAGUUUCUUCCUCAUUUAAUCUUCUUGGAUCACAGUGUCCUCCUCCCAGAGUUCCCUAUGCUGCUGCAAAUGGGGAACCGCUUAGAGCUCUGCUGCAGAGUUAUGGCUAUGAGUUAGCCAUGCAAUAUAUACAAAAUAGACACAGGCACCAGCAGCAGAUAGCAACACAAAUGGUAUCUUCUGUUGAUAUGGGUAAGGUGGGAAAUUGCUCAGAGAAAGAAAGAGAUGAGCUGCCGACUGAAAAUGGAGGAGGCUGUGACAACAAUAAUAAAGGAGUAGAAAUUGAUGGAGACACAGAGGAGAAACAACAGAGUAAAGAGGAGGCAUCAUCAAAAAAAGAGAAAAAAUGCUGUGAAAUUGGAGAAAAGUGUAAAAACUGUGGAAAGUUUUUCUCAGAUCCCUUGAUUUUAAAAAGCCACCAGGAGUAUAUUCAUAGGAUGCUUUACCCUACUGCUGCACUGGAGAGGUUUUCAAGAGAAUAUAGAGUGCAGUACGACCAGAUAUACCCUCUUGCACAGCCUAAAUCUUGGGAGAAUUCAGCAUUUGUCACCCAAGCAGCAGCAGCACCCCCAGCUACGAGCACAGAAGCAGAACCUGCUACUGAAUCAGCCAAGUCUCAAGUGAAAACCAUUGAAUUCCCACCUAUAUCAGCUUCAGAUCCCAUGACUAAACCAAACGCUACAGUUAACGACUUGACAACGGCUGCUCCUGCAGCUUCCUCUUCAUCUACCCCUUCUCAACCACAGGAUCUUCAGCAGCAGGAGGCAACUAUCCCAGGCACAUCUGCUGCAGCUACUUCUCAAACUACAACCCCAAUACAUCUCCCCUUGGCUAAAAUACCUAUGCUCCCUCUAUCGUUGCCUCAACUUCCCAUACCUCCUCUACCCUUACCAAAGCUUCCACUUCCACCAAUUACCUUUCCAAUGGAGGUUCCACUCCUUCCUCCUGUUGUGAUGCAGUCUAUGGCUCUCCAGACCCAGCCUUGGUUAGACUCAAGUGUGAACCCUGAGCUGGCAAAGCUCUACCAGUCACAGCUUAACCCGUUACUUGGACAACAGCCACAACUUAGCCCAGCUUUGCUUACUCAGCAACCCCAGCUGAGCCCAGCUUUGUUAGGUCAGCCGCCACAGCUCAAUCCUGCGUUGCUGGGUCAACCAUCCCAAUCCAACCCCGCCCAGACAGGACAGCCAAGCCAAGUUAGCCCAACCACACCUGAUACACAACAGGGUAAGAGAACCCGGACAAGAAUCUCUGAAGAACAACUCUCUGUUCUGAGAAAACACUUUGAUAUUAAUAGUCUCCCCAGUGAUGAAGAGAUCAACAAGAUGUCUACUCUGUCUGGUUUGCCUAACAAAGUAAUUAAACAUUGGUUCCGCAAUACCCUAUUUAAAGAACGCCAGCGAGACAAGGAUUCCCCUUACAAUUUUAAUAAUCCCCCAACCACAGCCUUGGAUGAGACCAGAGAAGAAGUAGCACAAAACCAGCAUUUGACACACUCACCAUGUUCACUGUCACCAGGCCUGUCAGCCAACCUCUCCCCACAACCACAAACAACAGACCUGCUCAGAGAACCUCAACGGGGCAGACGGUCAUCCAGAACCCGUUUCACUGAGCAACAGCUGGAUACUCUGCAGGGGGUGUUUGAGGCUACUCCAUACCCCAGAGAAGAAGAAUAUGACAGGUUGUCUGCUCUGUUGUCUCUCCCUAACAGAGUCAUUGUUGUGUGGUUCCAAAAUGCGAGGCAGAGAGCCCGUAAAAGUCAAGAACAGGGAUCAGAGGAUGGACUAGAGGGGAAGAACCAGCUUGACAUCAACAAAAAUAAAAAUGGCUGUUAUAAGAAUGAUGAUGAUAAUCAGGACAACAGCUAUGAGGAUGAUGGACAUGGUGACUCUCAGAAUGAGAACUCCAUGGAUUUUGCUUAUGAGUAUUACACCCACCCUGAUUCACCUGCCGUUGAUUCUUCCACUCACUGCUCAGAAAGUGAGCAUCUAGCGACCAAAGGUGAACAAACACCUGCUAAAAGGAAUGAAGAAGAAAAAAUAACCACGUCUCAGGCUAAGAUGAAUCCAGCUCUUGUUCAAAACAUUAUUUCGGAUGCAGAGAUCCAGCUGAAGGAGAUUGCUCAGGCCACAAAAACAGGAUCUGGUUCACAUCCUGAUCUCAAGCUGCCACCAGAAAGUCUUCUAGAAAGACCUAAGCCUCUUGCUGCCUCUUCCUCACAAAAGACAAAACCACCCAUCUUGUCUAUUCCUUCUUGUGAUCAAGCUAAUGAAAAGAUUUCCGAUACAUCACCCAGCACCCAUUCUGCUCCAGAGCCUGAAAUGAUCCACACUCGGCUCUCUGAUACCACAGCAUGCCUCUCUAGUGAAACUCAGCCACAGCUCCAAGUCCAGGCUCAAUUCCAGUGUAGUCUAUGCCCAGCUUCCUUACCAUCAUUUCAGCUGUGGCAAGAACAUCAGACUAGGCAUCUCCUGGCAGCUCAGUCCCAGGUACAAUUCCUGCAGUCUGGAUUCGUAGAUCGAACCAUGCCUUACAUGAUGCUUCAUCCCAACCACACAUUAAUGGCUAGCCAAAUGCUUUCAGGAGCUAUGUCUCAGAUGCACCCUAAUCCCACACAUCCCAUGAUUUCACACCUGAACAGCAUCCAGAUUAAGAAUGCAUUCUCUGAUCACGCAAGUAACACACUAAAUAACUCCCUGACACCCAUAAAGCAAAGUGCAAAACAUAUAUCAGAAACCAGUUUUGAAAGCCAAAGGAGCAAUAGAGAGGCUGAAGAAGAGCACAGAAGGGAUAAGCGUCAGAGAACUACCAUCACUCCAGAACAGCUUGAAGUGUUAUAUCAGCGCUACAGUUUGGACUCUAACCCCACCAGAGGAGUCCUUGAAAGCAUUGCACGAGAUGUGGGCCUCACAAGACGUGUGGUUCAGGUCUGGUUUCAGAAUACACGUGCAAGAGAGAGGAAAGGACAGUUCCGGUCAGUGGGACCAGGAUCCAGUUUCACCUUGGGCUUGAACCACCUACGCUGCCCAUUCUGCAGGGCACUUUUCAAAGUGAAGAGUGCUCUUGAUGCUCAUAUAAGAUCGCGCCAUUGGGCGGAGGCUGAAAGAGCAGGUUACAGCCUGUCAAUGGCUACUGGAUAUAAUGGGCAAACUGGGUUGUCUACAUCAUCUGUCACAGAAAGACCAGGUCCAUCUAUCUCCUCCCACCAUGCCCCAAACCCUGGCUAUGACAUCACUAACAAAGAGCUGACCAUGAAGCAACAUUUGAGUUCUUUGUCUUCAACCACAAAUCUAAGUAACCUCGAGGAGGAGGAUGAAUACGAGGAAGAUGAUGAAGAGUACCCAUGUGAGGAGAGCUCCAGUAUGGCUGACCAAGGUUCUCCUAGUCCAGAAGAAUCUAGGGGUCAAAGCUCAGAUUGGGGUGAGACACCGACUCAGCAGCAGCACCUACAUCAGCAGCAGCGCCAAAGGACACAAAUGAGCCACUUCCAGGUGCUCCAGCUCAAAGACUUCUAUAGGAACCACCGCACACCCAACCGCCUUGAGUGUGAAACGCUGGGCCAGGAUUUGGGACUGCCUCACCGUGUGGUGCAGGUGUGGUUCCAGAAUGCCAGAGCUAAGGAGAAGAGGGCCAAGAGCCUGAGCUCUGAUUCUGCAGAGAGGGAGCAGGCCGAGCUGUCAGCAGGGGCAGGGGAGAGAGAUAGAGCUUAGAAAGGCAGACUGCUGCCUUUGAGUAUGUUUUCACCAAAACCGCUCCUGCAACUGCUGGCAAACUCCACACAUAUCCUGUCCACUUGCUGCCAAACUUAUAACCUGAACACCCCAAAGAUGCAGAGCUGCAGUGGCCCAAAGAGAAACUCUCAACAAGUUUGGGAGAGCCCAAACCAAGUCCUCUUUACCACAGCUUCCCUCUUUUCAUAUUGUUCUUAAACUCUUUCCCAGUCUGUCUUGUACUGUUGAAACAUGCCCCCACACCCCAACCCUCCCUGUUCUGUCAGACACCUUACUACAACCAAACACCAUAUUGAAAAAACCAACCAGAGUCCACAGAGGCCAAAGAGCAUCCUCCAAGUAUGUGACCUCACUGCCCAGCUAGACCUGCAGUCUACCUCUCAGUCUGCAUGACAGACCCACAGUGGGCCCUCCAACAGACAGUGCUAGAUGACUAGCUGUGUAGCAUGUAGUGCCAGACUCCACGAGGCUGGAACAGAAAUUGUCAAAGAGAUUUUAGUGUAAAUAGAGAGCUCCAAAAAAAUAAACUUGAAGAAAAACAAAGCAGUUAACAGUGGAAGAAGGAGAGAGGAAAAAAAACAAAAAAACUCAAUUAUAUCCUUGAAAUACACAGGGGUAUUUGCAUAGAGCUUUUGUAAAGACUGUCUCAGAUUCCAAAGCUCAUAACCAAAAUUUUACAUGUCUGUGGAUUCAGUUUGAACGUGUUUGUUUUGGAUGACAAACUGCAGAGCUGACGUCUGUAUGGUGAAGAGGUGAGAUCUGCAGCUGGCAUAGGUAAGCCGAGUACCAAUAGACUGACGUGGUGCUAGAAUGCAGCUUCACCCUCCAAAAGCCAAUGAUGAGUCUUCUGUUGUACAUGUACUCCUUGUAUGUUCCUUUAGUGGAUAACAGCCCAAAUAGCACAGUACGUAAAGGUCAGUUUGUCCUGAAAGGGGGAAACUGUUUUUAUAGCACUCAACCAUUAAACUGUAUAUGAAAACUUUAACCAAACUCAAAUUUACAUUGUGUGUGUUUAGUAAUAGUUUCUUGAUAUAAAUCUUAUGGAUUGACAUUAACUGUCUUGCUUCAAUAUAAUAGUGUCAUGAUAAUGAAAAGAUUAUGACAGCUUUCGUAUGUUCAGGCAAGGUGAAUUACUGCCUUUCCAUCCUAUUUGAAUAUACCAAUGGCUUACCAAUGUUAUGUGAUUAAUGUAAAGCUUUCUAUACUCAGGUCAACAGCUCAACAUGGCUCUACUUCAAAUGUGAUCUUAAUACUGUACUCUUCUGUUUUUAAAACAGAAGAGGCCUGGUUAAAACUUGGACUAAGUAUUAGGUGAAAUCUACACAAACAUCUAUGUAUUUCAAAGAUCUGAGCUUUUCACCUCUGAGUAAUAGAUUGUUACAAAAAAAAAACCUUAUUGAAACUAAAGUGUUUAAUAGUGUGAGGGGUAAAUGUACAGUAUUUAGCUUUUGUAUGGUUGACUCAAGACUUCAUUGGAUGUUUGAGACAUAGCUCUCUUUUCCACACAAAGGGGAGCUUCUCCACAAAGUUGAGGAAAAACUUUGGAUGCUAUUGAUGUUAUUUUUGUACACUUAAUUUAUUUCCCUCCCCCUUCCCCCCACCUACUUUCUGCUUUUUCUCUCAACCUUUCUUCCUCUGUUCAUUUACAACCAGUCUUUAUUCUACCUGUAAUAAUGAUAAUAUAACAAUAAUAGCUAAACAAUAAUUAAUGCUUUAAGACAAAAAUCCAAAGACGUGAUAAUACUUUAACCAUAUGACUUACAAAAAUAAGCGCUACUGUUUACUUGACGAUGUAUGGAGUCCCUGUAUCUAAGCUACUGUUUUCUGCCUCUCAUAAGCACACUGGAGACUGUAACCAAAACCCCAAACUAGAGCCAUUGCAGUCUGUAAUAUAGCGGUUGAAGAGUUUUACUUCUUUUGAGAAAUGUUACAGUUUAUUUUUCUUUUAUAUCAUAGUGUUGAACUUCAGCCCUUAAGGAUGUCCAGUUUGCUGCUAAUGUACUGUAGUUUCUAACGAUAUUGUAGAAAGAUGCAUGCUCUGAUCGCUUUACCACUAGGCUUUAAUGACUACAAACUGUAAUGAUACCUGUGAUGCUGUUGAUAAACUGCUCCUGUUAUUCUGUUAAAGACUAAUGGAUAUGCGGGGCUCAAUUCCAUCAAGUUUAUUUUUCAGUAUUCUGUUAUUUCCCCAUACACAGAAAAAAAAAGCUUUCAUAAUAUCCUAAAAAAAUUCUUUAAUGCUUCCACUUUCAGAGACGUCUUAUUUGGGCAUUAACUUCUCAGUGCUUAUGGAGAUACUGCAUAGUUAUUUGAAGGAGUUAAGCCCCAAACCUUCCACUGGUAUGGUGUCUUUCUGGGUUGCAAUGUCUGUAGUCCAGCUAAAACAGCCUUUGCUGAACUCAGACGGACAACACAGCCAAGUUUCCAAAGGAUAUGGACUGACUAACUUUGUCACGAUUUUGUUCUUAAACUAACCAAUGUUUACGACAAUACCAAUGAGCUUUCUUCUGUACAGAAAUGUGCAUUCCAAAUACCACAAAGGCAGUUUUUUGUAUACUGAUGAUUUCAAAUUUAAUUUCUCGUAUUCUCUUGAUCUUAGUGACUGUAAGAUGUACAUAUUGGAGUCCUCUGUGGUGAAGAGACUCUGUUAUCUUUACUGUAGGUAAAACAGUUCUUUUAAUUUAAUUUGACUUUUUUUUUCUGGAUAUGUUGUUGCCAUAGUGAUGACCAAAAAGAUACCUGUGAUGUGCGCCUGUCCUUAUGUCCUGCUCCAGUGGUUUAGUGUGUCUCUAUACUCUUCCUACCCAAGUUUCCCCUGCUGGUGUGUGUUUCUUCCCCUUUCCCUCCCCAUACUCCACUGAGCUAAAUAAAGUCUGCUUUGGUGCA